UGCGUGCGGCCCCAGAAGGGCGGGGGCGCCGGGGCGCGCUCGCGGCUGCGGGAAGGGGGGAGCGAAGGGAGCGCGCCCGCCGCCGCCGCCCUGCUCGGGAGAGAGGCAGGAGUGAGGCUGUGCGAAGCGCCGCAUUUCAAUGAGGACGGAGCGCGGCUCAGCCCUGCUCUAGCGGCUGCCGCCCAGACGCCCGCGCUCCCGCAGCUGCUGCAGCCCGGCCCCGGCCCCUGCCCCGCCGUCGUCCCCGCAGCCGCGGACAGCAGCAGGAGGCGACCCCUGCGCCGCACAAAGACCCCCAACCCGGGCAGCAUCUCUCCGCCGACCGGUUCAACUUUGACUCCAUCAUGUCGUUUGGCAGAGAUAUGGAGCUGGAGCACUUUGAUGAGCGGGAUAAGGCACAGAGGUACAGCAGAGGGUCGCGGGUGAACGGGCUGCCGAGUCCCACACACAGCGCCCACUGCAGCUUUUACCGAACCCGCACUCUGCAGACCCUCAGCUCCGAAAAGAAGGCCAAGAAAGUUCGAUUUUAUCGAAAUGGAGAUCGAUACUUCAAAGGGAUUGUCUACGCCAUCUCCCCAGACCGCUUCCGAUCUUUUGAGGCCCUGCUGGCUGAUUUGACCCGAACUCUGUCAGAUAAUGUGAAUUUGCCCCAGGGAGUGAGAACAAUCUACACCAUUGAUGGGCUCAAGAAGAUUUCCAGCCUGGACCAACUGGUGGAAGGAGAGAGUUACGUGUGUGGCUCAAUCGAGCCCUUCAAGAAAUUGGAGUACACCAAGAAUGUGAACCCCAAUUGGUCAGUGAAUGUCAAGACCACCUCUGCUUCUCGGGCUGUAUCCUCCCUGGCCACUGCGAAAGGGAGCCCUUCGGAGGUGAGAGAGAAUAAGGAUUUCAUUCGACCCAAGCUGGUCACCAUCAUCAGAAGUGGGGUGAAGCCGCGCAAAGCUGUCCGAAUCCUGCUGAACAAGAAAACUGCUCAUUCCUUUGAGCAGGUUCUCACCGAUAUAACUGAUGCCAUCAAGCUGGAUUCAGGAGUGGUGAAACGCCUGUAUACUCUGGAUGGGAAGCAGGUGAUGUGCCUUCAGGACUUUUUUGGUGACGAUGACAUUUUUAUUGCAUGUGGACCGGAGAAGUUCCGUUACCAGGAUGAUUUCUUGCUAGAUGAAAGUGAAUGUCGAGUGGUGAAGUCUACUUCUUACACCAAAAUAGCAUCAUCAUCCCGCAGAAGCACCACCAAGAGUCCCGGGCCUUCCAGGCGCAGCAAAUCCCCUGCUUCAACCAGCUCAGUUAAUGGAACCCCUGGUAGUCAGCUUUCUACUCCGCGCUCCGGCAAGUCGCCCAGCCCAUCACCCACCAGCCCUGGAAGCCUGCGGAAGCAGAGGAGCUCUCAGCAUGGUGGCUCCUCGACUUCCCUUGCAUCCACCAAAGUCUGCAGCUCUAUGGAUGAGAAUGAUGGACCUGGAGAAGGUGAAGUGUCGGAGGAAGGCUUCCAGAUUCCAGCCACAAUAACAGAACGAUAUAAAGUUGGAAGGACAAUAGGAGAUGGAAAUUUUGCUGUUGUCAAGGAAUGUGUCGAAAGGUCAACAGCUAGAGAAUAUGCUCUGAAAAUUAUCAAGAAAAGCAAAUGUCGAGGCAAAGAGCACAUGAUCCAGAAUGAGGUAUCUAUCUUAAGAAGAGUGAAACAUCCUAAUAUUGUUCUUCUGAUUGAAGAGAUGGAUGUGCCCACUGAGCUGUAUCUUGUCAUGGAAUUAGUAAAGGGAGGAGACCUCUUUGAUGCCAUCACUUCCACUAACAAAUACACGGAGCGAGAUGCCAGUGGAAUGCUCUACAACCUGGCCAGCGCCAUCAAAUACCUGCACAGCUUGAACAUUGUCCACCGAGACAUCAAACCAGAGAACCUGCUGGUAUAUGAGCACCAAGAUGGCAGCAAAUCGCUAAAGCUGGGUGACUUUGGACUGGCCACUAUUGUAGAUGGUCCUCUAUACACAGUCUGUGGUACCCCCACAUACGUGGCUCCAGAAAUCAUUGCAGAGACUGGAUAUGGCCUCAAGGUGGACAUCUGGGCAGCUGGUGUAAUCACUUACAUCCUGCUGUGUGGUUUCCCUCCAUUCCGUGGAAGUGGUGAUGACCAGGAGGUGCUCUUUGAUCAGAUUUUGAUGGGACAAGUGGAUUUUCCUUCUCCAUACUGGGAUAAUGUUUCUGAUUCUGCAAAGGAGCUCAUCACCAUGAUGCUGUUAGUCAAUGUUGAUCAGCGAUUUUCAGCUAUGCAGGUCCUUGAACAUCCUUGGGUUAAUGAUGACGGCCUCCCAGAAAAUGAACAUCAGCUGUCGGUUGCUGGAAAGAUAAAGAAGCAUUUCAACACAGGCCCCAAGCUGAAUAGCACAGCAGCUGGAGUUUCUGUCAUAGCACUGGACCACGGGUUUACCAUCAAGAGAUCAGGGUCUUUGGACUACUACCAACAACCAGGAAUGUAUUGGAUAAGACCACCGCUCUUGAUAAGGAGAGGCAGGUUUUCCGACGAAGACGCGACCAGGAUGUGAGGAGCUGGUACAAGGCACAGCCCGCUCCACCCGAACUCAACUCGGAAUCAGAAGACUACUCCCCAAGCUCCUCCGAGACUGUUCGCUCCCCCAACUCACCCUUUUAAUAACACCCUUUCACUCGAAGUUCUAGCUUAACCCUUUGAGACUCUGAGAUUUUUCCCCCCAAAUUUAUGUCAAACCAGUUUCAUCUGAUCCAUCUAGCACUGAACUGCUUGAAUGGAACCACAGAAAGUGUGUUUUCUGGUAUCUUUGUAGCAAUUCCCUUUUGCUGACUGAGAUGAUCUGUUGUUUGUGAGGAUGGCUACUUGCUGCUAACAGGGUCCUCAAAGGGUUAAAGCUAACUUUGCAACGUUUUUUAAGCAUAGAAGCAAUGAAUGUUUUCAUCCCUCAAGCUAAGAUCUGCAGUUUGUAAUGUAUAGCACGAUUAACCCUCUGAGUGCAUAGAAUUGUCUGGAGAACCCUUGGGGAAUGUGUCUGGCUUUUGGAGGUAUAUGCAUAUGUGUCUUGAUUUUGCUGCAGAUCAAGGAAUGCUCUUAGAUGCUGAGAUGUCCAGACAAGAAGGGCAUCUAGAAAUAUUUCUCGCUUGUCCAUUGUGUGUGUGUGGUGGUGGUGGUGGGUGGUGGUUAGAACAUGACAGGUUUAUGACUUAGGCAUGGCACCCCUCUUUCUUCUUCACAAUCCUCUUACAAAAGUGACUUUUAAACUUAGAGGGCUGACUGUCAGCUGCUGUGAGCCCUGCAUCCAAGGCGAGGAAACAGGGUUUGUGGCAAACAGCCUCACAUGGGAAAAUGAUGGUUCCUCCACUCCCACCACCACCACCAAAUAGGCUCCAUAGGAAAAUAUGCUGACAAUGCCCAGAUAUGCUGCUGCCACAUCAGCUGUUGCUAGUCCAGAGAAAGUCCUCAGGACUAUCCUUGUGCAUGGGGAGGGAGCAUCUGCCUGCUCCACGUGAGCUAUGUUCAGGGAAGAAACAACUGGUGGAAAAGAGCAAUAAAUUGCCAGGUGCUCCAUAGGGCUGUGAUUCCAAACAAAAAGAGGCAACUUGAUUUUGUUCUUUCUUGAACUCAUUUUAUUUUUCAUGCACUGAAGUUCUUGUCAAAAUCACAUAGAACGUGCCAACCAUAUAGAGGAGCUCUGGGGUCAAGGGGGACAAGAGACAAGUGCUUUGCAAGAUGGUUGAGGAAAAAUUACUAUGGGAAGAUAAUCCAGAAUGUUCUAAAGGGGUCAUUAAGAAAAUAAACAUCUGAUAAAAUAAUUCUAUGUGUACCCGAAGGUCACUUAUGUAGAAUCUUCUAGAGAGAGCAGGAUGAGGGACUUCAAAGCUACCCCUGAGGAUAAAACUUUUGGUUUUGGACCUUUUCUCAACACUGUCUUCUGUUAUUCAGAGGGAUUGUGUUGUUUUUCCAACUUUGGGCCAACAUCUAACAGGAGUCAAUCUUUCUCCCUUGGCCCAAGUUUCUGGUGGGUUUCUUCUGGAGUUUCAUUUAGAAUAGGGAUGGGCUACUUUCUGCAUUUUCCUGCAGCACCUAGACAGGAGUUAUCUUAAAGGCAAGGCUAUAGCUCAAGCCUUCCUAAGACUCACUCAGCCCUGUGACCAGGAGACAACCAUCGAGUGCUGCCUGAAAGGCCGAACAGCAUUUAUUUUCUCUGCUGUGAAUAUCCGUUCAUAUCUAGAAGUCUGGAAAUUUUCAGAUGACCAUUCUACAGAGAAAAGGUCUUUAUUUCUUUAAUUUUCAAAUACACAAUUAUCUUCAAUUGCUGCUUUUUACUCUUCAUCUCAUAUGUUAAGGUCUAUAGGAGCAGAUUUAAAAAUUGUAAUAUGCCAUGGCUUUUGCCACAUAGUCUCCUCAAGUUUUUGUUUUUCCAUUUUUCCAUUUAUCUCAUCUAAUGUAGAUGUGAUUCACAUAAAAAUAAGCUGAGGGGGAAAUGCAAAUUGCCUACUGAAAAUACAUGCUCUAAUGUGUAAACAGAAGAUUAUUUAUUGAGUUUCCCCUGCUUUGUGAGAGUCCUGAAAACAAGACACAGCAUUCCAAAGUAGCACAAAUCAGAUAGAACGGAGAGGGAGUUGAUGGUGUAGGUUGUUUCUGUAUUAGUAAAAUCUUCUGAGCUAGAAAUAUUUUAAUUGCUGCCUUCUCUAGAAUUCUGAAGCCAAGAACUAUUCAAAGCACAGCUAUGGAGUAGGUACUGGCAUGGCUUCAAUCUAAAUGUGUGAAUUUGAAGACUCCUGUGGGCAGACCUACCUAAAGAGGAUUCUCAUUCUUUCUCUCUCUGAAUUACUGCUUUUCCCUUGGGCAUUACUUGUUUUGCUGUGGCAUCUAGUCUACAGUACCCCUUGUGCACAGCUCAGGCCUCUUCCAGGUCUUAGAGGGGUCUAAGCCACAUCAAACUGGGGGUGGAGGCCAGGGGUAUUUCUGAAUACACCGUAGAGGACAGCUCAGAGGAAAGCAGCGCCCUUUCAGCAUAGGGAUUCCUCUGCAUUGCUGUUGAAUGUGAAUAUACUGAAUAAAUAGUGGAAUGUGACCUGUCAAGUAGAAAUAUUGAGUAAUCAGAUGGAAUGCAGUCUUUUCAGCAUUAACUUAUCAAGAUGCUGAAUGUCUGGGAUGUACUCAGAGGGUUAACAGACAAGCACAAGGCAUGCUGAUUACAUCGGUGUAUCCAGACUGCUUUGCUUUUAGCCAGUGCUUUCUAAUUUUUUUAACAACGUUCUUGGGAUGGUUCAAGUUUGAAAUAACUAAGCGGUUGUGUUCUUUAAGGAAUUUCUAUAAUCAAAUUCAUCUUUUUUUUUAAUUUCACAUUAUCAUAGAACAAAUAUGUAUCAUUAUGGCAGUGUAUUGCUGUAGUGAUCAAUUUCAUCAUCACCACACUUGUUUUCAUGUUUUCUCCAAGUACUGAAUAUAGUUUUUAUGCUGGUGUCCCAGUGAUGGGGACUGUUUUUCCUUUCCUUUAUUGAUACUUGGCAAACCAUAUGGUAUUUUCAAGGGAAUUUUAAGAUGUAUCUUUUCAGUUUGGUAGUAGACUAGUUAAGGAAAAAAUUCUUCAUGAUUUGCAUUGUGUAAAUCACCUGUUAGAUGAAACCUGUCCAAACUGAUGAACCCAUAUUUUUCUCCACAUUGUAGCAGAAAUCAUUUUAUUCAUCAUAAUAAAUAUGUAAUUUGCUCCUUAUCAUUAGAAGGAAGAGUAAGAUUUCAGUCACUGAAAAUGUUUUCACCGUAGCCCUCAUCUAAAACAUGUGGUGCAUUUUAAACUAAGCAGAGAAAACAAAUGCAAAUAAACUAGUGAAAAUGCCUGGUGUUUUGUAUUCAAUGAGAUCUUCUUGCAAACCUGCUUUGUACCCCCACGGGUGGUGGUUAGCAGGCCCGUCAGAGAUUGUUGAAAGAAAGCAAUAUAUCCAGGAAUGAAAGCUAAAAUUGCAAUCCUUUACCCUUUGAGGCAUAUUUCAGUUAGGAAAAACAAAAGAAAAAUUGCUUUAGCUUAGAGGGUCAAGGAGCUGCUAUAUGACCAAGGCUCGUGCCCAUUAAAUCACAGUUGUUGCUGGUCAACGGCACCCACUAGACAACUCUAUCCCCUGCGCUGAAGGGUGAUUGUGCUUCAGGGAGAGUUUUCUUAAUGGUACUGUGGCACCUGCUAGCCCUUCCCUGGGUAAGGAUCUGUCAGCAUUUUCCAUGAUACACUUUUGUUUUCACAGUUUUUUAAUUUAUCCAUAAAGAUGCCCUGGACUGCAGUAGGUGAUGAAGUGUUGAUAGCGAAGAGUCAGGGUUCAUUUCCUUCUCUUCUCUGCCCAAUUCUCCCAAGAAAAGAACAACCAACCAAUCUGGCAUGUCCCUUCCCAACUACCCUUGCCCUUUCAUUGUCCUUUCAGAAUUUUGGAUGGCACUAAGAUCUAAAGUGGUAGUUUAGUUUUAAUACCGUUAUUCAUUUGAAUGGGUGUUUAAAAAAUAGUUGCUUAAUAUACUGUAGAUGGCAUCCCUUUUCUAUCAUUUGUAAAUCUUUAAUUUUUUUAAAUUGUUGCCUAAUAUUUCUUGGUGCAAAGACAUUUUUGCUUAUGUUGGUCAGUUUAGAGGUUAGCCUUUGCUAUCUGUUGUCAGCCAUUUCCUUUAGAAAUUUGAGGAGAAAUACACUCAUAUCCUUAUUUUGUGAGCUGCGAGAGGGUCAUGGACAGAGUUCUUUUGCAGAGAGGAUUUCUGAUUUAAUCAUUGUAUUUCAUGAAGCUAUUCUAGUCUUUGGGCAAAAGAAUGACUAAAAGCACUUCUAAAAUGAACACUUUUGUCAAUGCAGAUUUAAUUAGAAGACAACAGAUUAUCAAGCCUGACCCUUGUUUUGCUUAAAGGCAACUAUCGGAUGCUCUAAAGUUGAGGACAAAUCUGAGGACACAGUAAACAUUUGAUCACUGCAAAUGUGCUUUAAGAAUGGGCUCAAUGGUGCUUAUACAUGAAACAGUAACAAAUGGGGUCCCUGGGACUGUCAGAAAAAAAUCUCUCAUUUGUAUGUAAUUACAUACUUAAGGAGGAGGUGCUUUAAAACCAGUCUUUAUUUUCUAAUCAUCUCAAAUAUGCAACCAUCCAUCCAGUAACAUUAAGGGUCGUAAACUAGUGGGAAAAAGGAAAUUCAGUGUAGAGGCUUAGAAUGCCUCUGGUUGGGGUGAUUUCUUCCGUUGCUGUUUUUUUUUUCUUUUUGGUUGUUGUUGUUAUUGUUGUUGGGCUUCAACCCUGAAGCUGUGGUGAUCAUUUUUCAGUGAGUGAGCUUCUAACUAGCAGGUGUUUUGAUCAUGAGGUUUGCAAUGCCCUACCCUUGGAGAGUGAGAACUCUAGUUUCAUUCUUUUUUCCCUAAAGGAAGAAUUAAUAGUGUCUGCAGUUACACCCAUACCUGUCAAUGUCCUCCACUUACUCUUUUGGUCAACUGAAGUAAGGCCCUUAAUGUUGCUUUAAUGUAAAAUUGUAUAUUUUCGUCUGUGCUAUACUUUAAUAACUUCAAGUAAAUAAUGAUUCUAAAAGCCUUCACUGUAGGUAUUAAAAGAAAGGAGGCUUUAAAAAGCAAUGAUAAAGAUGCUGUGAUGUCAAUUCAUCCCAGUCCAAUCACAUGUGGUAAAAAAAAAAAGACCUUGACUAGUUCUCUAGGGACAAUUUCUCACUUGCCAUUGACAUUAAUCUCUGAUGUAUUCUCAGAAAAAAAACAAAAAGAAAUUGAAACUGGUCCAAGGUUAGAGUCAUAUUCUCAAUAACUAUUUUUUUUAUUUUAUUAGGAAAUUAAUAAUAGCCUUUUUCAUUCUGGCUGAAAGAAAAUUAUUAAAGGAUUAGUUGAGUGUGAAAUUAAAUAGUAUUUUGCUCAUGCAUACUAAAAAGGUGGGCUAGGAACUUGAAGCAUUUAAACAAGUUUCUGAAAGGUUUCAAUUUGGUAUAAGGGGGAAAAUGUGAUGUUUCUUUUGAAAAUACUGAAUAUAUCAGUUGCUGCAUGGAUCAGAUGGCAUAAGUUAAUCUUUGAUUUUCAGAAUCUUAAUGAAAUAACUUUCAAUAGAUUUGUAUCCAUGAAUAAAGCUGGAAUGAGAUCGAAAUUUUUUCCUAAUCUCUAAGUUUAAGCUAAUAAAUGUAGGUUCAUGUGGAAUGAAAUCAUCUGUGAUAUAUUAUGUUCAUUUAUCAACUGAGAUUUUUUUGAUGUUGCCUGUUUUUAUGUAAAACAUGUUCUUAAAGUUAAUAAAAUUAUAGUACUUGG